CGCCGGCUGCAGCCGGGGCCAGCGGGGCGGGAGGAACGAGGACUGCAGGACCGCGAGCUGGGGCGGAGGAGCCCAGUGGCACCUGGAGGACAUGGAGUGACGGUUUAGGGAUGGUCGUACUGGAAGGGCUGAGUGCCACGCGUGAUCCAUCUCAGUUCUAGAAGAGCAAGAAGCCAGCGGACCUCAUACUUCCGGGGCUAGGGGUCACCUGGCCGGUUGCUGAUGAGCAAGAGAACCCUCCUUUUAGCUGAGGGCAGGGGCUCCUCAGCGCCCAGGGAGAGCCUUCUCCUUGCUUCUCCUAGUUCGGGAACACCGGGGACUUCCAUGCCGUCCUGACACGUGGCUCCGCGGCUCUCAGAAGAAAAAGCCCCGUACAGAUGGAAAGUGGAAAGUGAAUCACAGAGAUGAUUUCUUCUGGUCCUGGCAAAGUCAGGUGUGGUUUUCAAGCUGAGCCGAGAUGGCAUGGUGGCCCAGAGGGCUUGGAAAGACCCGCGGAGACCAACGCCAGUGUGGACAGCUCGGCGCCUCCCUCGGUGGCCCAGCUGGCCGGGCGGUUCAGGGAGCAGGAGGCAGCAGCGAAGGAGAUGCCAGCCAGUAAACCAACCAGAAGGAAACCGCCCUGCUCCCUCCCUCUGUUCCCCCCCAGGGUAGAGCUGGGCCAGAAUGGUGAGGAGAAAUCACCCAACACGAGCCACCCACCGAAAGUCAAGGUGAAGAGCUCGCCUCUGAUCGAGAAGCUUCAGGCCAACUUGGUCUUCGAUCCAGCGGCCCUGCUGCCUGGAGCCUCCCCCAAGAGUCCUGGGCUCAAAGCCGUGCUGUCACCAUUUCACAGCCCACCUUCCACUCCCAGCAGCCCUGGCGUGCGGUCUCGGGCCAGCGAGGCAGAAGCGGUGCCCGUCAGCUUCGACCAGCCUCCGGAAGGCAGCCAUCUGCCCUGUUACAACAAGGUGCGGACGAGAGGCUCCAUCAAAAGGCGCCCUCCUUCCCGGCGAUUCCGAAGGUCUCAGUCGGAUUGUGGGGAGCUGGGAGACUUCAGGGCCCCAGAGUCGUCCCAGGAGAAUGGAGCCCAGGAAGAAAACGGGGACGAGGUCUUCCCUUCCCAGAGCAAGGCCCCAGGCUCCCCUCCAGCCAGCGAGGGGGCGGUGGGGAGGGAAGGGAGCACCCCGGGGUCCCACGAGAAGCCCCCUCUGAGAAGGACGACCAGCAGGACAGAGAAGCAGGAGCAGAAGGGCCAGGCCGCAGAGGAGGACCCGCAGCCUGACAAGCCUGCACAGGAGGCCCAAGAGAAGGCCCUGGAACCGGCCUCGGCCUCCAGUGCAGAGGCCAAGAGUGGGUGUGGGAGCCCCAUGGAGGCAAGCACAGCCGGAGAGCAGACGGAAGAGCCCACACAGGGGAAGGCGGAGAUGGAGACGACAGGGCCUGGAGAGGAGGAACCCGGACAAAAGAGCCAAGACAAGAAGCCACUGCAGGAGGAGGGGGCUGGGGAGCAGGAGACCCCCCAGAUCCCCCCGGGGGGAGCGGAGGCUGGCCUCACCCCCAAGGAGGGGCAAGGCAAGGAAAAGCAAGACGAGGUGCCCAUUCUGGAGCCCGGCUGCAACCCCAGGACCGGCCAGGCCCAGGCGGAGACCAGCAGUGAGGUCCCCGAGACAGAGGGUGACACCUCUGUCGAGGACACUAAAAUGUGAAGACAGCUCAUUGGGCUUUAUGACAAAGCUGCUGGAGACGACUCUUUGGAAGUAGCAGCCACCAUAGUAGCAGCAAAUGAAGCCACUGCAGAAGCAGACAGUGCGGGAGGCUGCGGCCAGCCUGAAGAUACAAGGUGCUUUUUUGCUGGCCUCUACCCCGUCCCAGACGGAGGCUGGAUCUGAGGGCACAGACCUUUAUCAGCUUGAGUUUGUGUCGCUUGAUGGACUUGGUUAAAAAAAAACACAAAAAAACUUAUUUAAAACAAUUUACUGUGGUGACAACUCCCUACGGAUACUGGGGUCCAGCCACUCUCCACACACACCGAUCCCUGCAGCUGACCUCAGAACUGGACUCUGAUUUAGCGGAUCAGAUUUUGUUUGUGUAAAGUGAUAGCCUUUUGACUGGUCUAAAGUGUUUACCAUUCUCUCAUGUAAGUAAAAACUAAUUUCGGGUGGCAAGAAACAAAAGAAAAUAGUACUGCUGAAAACAGGAAUCCUGUAAGUUACAAAAAGAUCUUACAUUGUAUCAAGGCCGAGACAACCUAUAGCAAGAGUGUCCCAGCGGCAGCAGGAGCUUUGCCCAUCCCAGUUUCCUAGUUGAUGACACACCAGGGAGUGAGGGGUUCAGCUCACCCCGUUCUGUGUGGUGGGUGGAAUGGAGGAGGGCUCCACUGGACAGGCAGAGUGUCAGGAGGUUUUCAGGCUCAGCCCUGCCUGCAUUUCCUCAUCCUGGGAGGAUGAAGUCUGCACCUCCAGAAGGUGAGCCUGGAGCACGGAUUAGAAAUUUCCUGGGAGGUGCUCUGAGGACGGUGGUGUGCAAACUACAGAAUAAAAACAUGCUUCCUCGCUUGGCCGGGAAGCUGUGCUGGAAUGGAAGCCCAGGCUCUCCUUCCCCACGCAGGAGGAGGGCGUGGGGGUUUUGGGUCCCAGGAGCUCUGGCUUUAAUGUUCGGUUUGAAGGAUGCAGGCGAUUUGCAGGGAUGGGACCCUGACUCCCCAUUCUAUGACUCACAGCCUCUCCCCAAUUCACACGCUUCUGCUGGAAGACGUCAGUCCAAAUGAAUGUUUAAUCUUUAGGGUCGGUCCUUAGGUGCAGUUGAGCAUUUCAGCAUCUCAACGGGCUGAUUUGGCAGCUGCAGCAGCUGUUUUUCUAGAGGUCUGUUGGACCACACUCUGCUGACUACAGAAAAUCGUCUCCCCGGCUCAAAGCCUUAUCUCAGCACUGCUGCCGGCGCAGGGGUCCGUGGACCUUUCAGGAUAGACACCAAGAGGGUGGGUGAAACUGUUUGCAGAGAGAAAGGUUUAUGAAAGCGUAAGCUUCAUGCACCAAGGGAACACGCUGCUCCGAAAGACCACAGGGGUGGCUCCCCGGGUCUGUGGGGAGAGUGUAUUUAUGGGCCCUCAGCUUAGGGGCCCAGUUACUUUUGCUGGAAUGGGGUGGGGAGCUCCCAGAAUUAGGUGGCCACCCUCUGUAGGGUCUUCUAUGGGCCCCUCUGGAUCUGUCAGGGGCUGGUGGGUGUGUUCAGUAUGGUAAUGAGGGCAGGACACUCCCAGGACAACUAUUCUAGCUGCAGGUGACCCGGCAUGAUUUUGAGGACCUUCCCUGAGAUCUGAUUAUAUCUUUUUUGCAGUUCUUGUUUCUUAUUGGUGGGAAAGUAUGACUCACGGUUGCUUCCCCAGAGGCAGGUUUUGGCUACGUGACUACCAACCACAGUACCUCAAUUUCUUCCUCCCAUUUAGUUUUCCCAACUCCAGGAACAGGAUAGUGUUAAGAUUUUGGAUAUAUAUUUUUUCAAACCUCUUUAAAUGUAAUGUAUCUUCUAAAACUUGUAGCCUUGUGAAGACUGAUACUAUAAUAAGCUUUGUAUUUUAGCCGAGUUUGGGAGACGUAUGUGUCAGUUAUUUUGAGGUCUCUAUAAUAUCUGUCUGUCUAUCUAUCCAGCUAUUGACAGGGACGUAUGCCCCCUAAACAAUACACGGUUUUAUUUAUAUAUGUCUUUGGGUUGUUUGUACACUCACACACAUAGCUGGGCAAGAGUUUGGGGAAAGCGUGCAUGAUUGUAAGUGUGUGUGAUGAAGAGGGAAUCUGCCACUCUCCCUUACGUGACAAAGGAAUGGAACAGGAAGCAUGGGGUGUAAAUGUGAAAAUAAAACUAUUGUUCUUCUGGUCUGUACCUUAUCGUAGCAGAGGAGAAAGAAGCAAUAAAAAAAUGACAAGAUGCGAUGCUGAA